UAGCAGUGUCAUUCGCCUCUUGAAGGGUGAGCUUAGCUGUUGAGUGAUGGUGUGACUUUUCUAAAAUAUGCAGCAAAUGGAGAAACUCAGCUUUGUUUCAUGUAUAAAACUUUAUUCACUUCUAGUAUUAGCAGCUGAUUUCAUUCAAAGUUCAGAAGGACAAUACUAUUCCAACUAUUACCACCCUCCACCACCUCCACCACAUCACCCAUUUCCUCCACCCCCUCACCAACCACAUCACCAUCACCAUCAUGGCUACGGAGGUCCAGAUGAGUAUGGCGGCGGCUAUGGGGGAUAUGGCGGGCAACGACCAGGAUAUGGAGGUUAUGAAGAGAGACCUGGUGGCUAUGGAGGGUACUCGAGGCCAGAUCCCUAUGGAGGUGGGCCGGAAGAUCCAUAUGGGGGAGGGUACCGACCGGGAGGAUAUGGAUCGAGACCGAGUAGUGGUGGAUAUGGAGCAGGUGCUACUGAACCUUCAUCAGGAAAUGCAGCAUCCUCCACGGGAGGGAGCACGGCGUCUUCCAUGACUGGCAACUCUGGCACAGGCGGCGGCUCAGGAAUUGGACUGUCCGGCUCCAAUAUGUCCAACCAAGCACAAAGCUUCAACUUCGAGACUCCGUUUGGACAUUUUUCCGCCAACAAUGCUGCAUCUAACUCUACCAAUUUGAACUUUGGAUUGGGUUGAGAAGAUGGGAGGAAGGAUAGGGGAGAAAAAACUAUUAAGGAAUAAAAUAUCUGAGGAAGAAUGUGAUUUGGAAUAGUGAUUUUUUAUCUCUCAUGAAACUUAUUUGACCAGACUUUAUUUUUAAAAAUUCAACACCUCAAUAUUAUAGGUAUUUUUAAGGGGGAUGAAAUUAUACGACAAUAAUUAGACUCACUGCUUCUAUGUAUGCAUUUUAUGAGUACCUAAUAGUGUGGUGACUAUUAUCAUCCAAAACAUAGGUACUGCUAUAAUUGCUCAAUACUGAAAUUCUUAGCAUGAUUAGUUUGAAAUAAUAUUUUAGCAUACGGUAGCCUAAAUGUAAAUAUUUUCAGCAGUUCUUGUCUUUAUUAUGUAUCAAUCGUAUGAUAUAAUCUGAAUAAUUUAUACUCAAAUCUGAUAAUAAAUUAAGUUAUUUAGAGAGAAUCAAA